AGUGAAAAAAAAGGGAAUUGGAUUUAUAGAAUUAUGACCACAAAGUGCACAAAAAUUAUGGUCUAUGUUGAAUGUUUCUCUUUCUUUUCAUCUGUGGGCAAAUAGCGUUACGGCCCGCCUUAUGUCGAACUUUCACAACCUAUAAAGAUGUUUCUGUCUGUCUGAGAUGCAGAAAUACAGUGUUGGACACUUUCAGUUCAUCAGUGAAUCACUGUAGAGCUCGUCUGGAAUAUGAAUGACAAACAUGUUUCACACGAUCUCGUUUAAAAACAUCUUCUUUAUAGCACUAGUCUGGAUUAUUUCUCACUCUUGUCAAAGUGAUCCGUAUGAAGAGAAACACAAUGUCUACUACAGGUUUACAGUCCUGACUACAGCAGACCCUUUCCCUCCGUUCAGAGCUGUGGGAGUGUAUGAUGACAGAGAGUUUGCUCACUACAGUAAUGAAGUUGAAAUCUGGCUAAGAGCAAAUGUGAAUAAACAUGACAGGACCGAACCUCUUCCAGAACCAUAUGAUCCUAGAGACUGGUACAAAGAUCUGCUGAGGACUCUGUCAAACUGCACACACUCACAUUGUUCUGAGCUUCAUGUUCUUCAGAGAAUAACUGGCUGCAAACUGGAGAAACUUCCUGAUGGAACAGUCAAGAGUCUGACAGUCUAUGAUGAAUAUGGAUUUGAUGGAGAGGAUUUUAUAUCCUUUAAUUUUUACACUAUGCAGUGGAUUGAUAAAAGCCCCAAAGCAAAGGAAACUAAAGAGGAAUGGGAUCUUCAAACUGGACGAAACCAAAUCCUCAAGCAUUACCUCGAGGAAUGUGUGCACACGAUCUCCACAUAUAACAACACAAAUAUGAGUCGACCAGACAUUUACGUCUUUGCGAGGAAAGCUCCUGAUGAUGACCGUAAGCUGGUUCUGACGUGUCUGGCCACUGGUUUCUACCCCAGAGCUAUUGAGAUGUACAUUAGAUUGGACAGAAACAUCCUUGAGGAUCAAAUAUCUUCUGGAAUCAGACCAAAUGAUGAUGAAACCUUUCAGAUGAGAAACAGUGUGAAGAUCGACAGAAAUUAUAAAGUAUCUUAUGAUUGUCUGCUCAUUCACAGCAGUCUGACAGCUUCAGUAGAAUGGGUAGACGGAAGAUGUUUAAACUGUGAACCAGAACCUCGAUGGUCUGUUAUAGGAGGAACAGCUGCUGUUCUAGUAGUUGUAGUAGUUCUAGUUUCAGCUGCGAUUUACUGCUGCUACAAUAGGAGAAACUCACAUGGUAGGGUGAGAAAUCCUCCCUCUAAUGGUGCAGUGAGUGUUCAGAUACAGAUGACCAGUGCAGCGUCUGCUGAUGUGACUCCAUCAUGAGCUCAAUGCUGAUGGAUCUACAGACUGGACUGGGACGUGGACAGGUUUAAGCAUUAAAUGAAAUGUCUUUCAUGUUCUUUUAUUCUGAAUGCACACUGUUUUCUGUGUUUGUCUUUCCGUCAGCAUUUUUUUUAACAUUAGUCAGCUCUUAUUUAUUAAGAAUAUUUAUGACAGUUCUUGUUUAUUAUGUUCUUCAUGCUCCAUUGAAAUAUGACUCUGAGGGUCAAGAUCACAUUAUAUGUGUUACAUUAAAUAAAUUUCAGUCAAAUGGACAUUGGUGAAUUGUGAAAUGGUGCUUUAUAGAAGUGAAACUUUUGAGAGUUGCUUCUGUUUUCUGUGGUUUGAUCAAAAGUGCCACACAAAACACAUUUGAAACACUUGUUAGAAGCAAUCGGACACAGAUCAGUGUCACAGUGUUACACUCUUCAGGAAGUCAAACUAACAGUGACGUCUGGUUCAAAUUAGCAUAUAGUAUUUAACAUCAAACUCAAAACUAAUAAGAGUAUUAUAAAUUGCAAAGCCAAGUUAUUUGACCUUGUAGUAAAUCAUAAAUGUGGGGGAAAAUGUAUUACAUAUAAUACAAAUAUAAUAGUGUGCUAAACUAAAAAUGGUAUUUUUGGCCAUUCAGCUGUUACCAGGUAGAAUUAUCAAACAUUUUACGAAGAAAACCAUUUACAUGAUCAUUUACACUAAGUGAUUUUAUUUAGUUAAACCAUGUCAUGGCUGUUUGGGAAGGGGAUAGUUGUAAGAGUUUAUUUAAAAACAACCCCUUUGUUACGGUUCUGGUAUCUUAGCAAACUCACAACGAAGGUGAUAGCAGAAAACACAGUCUUUAAUCCAACAGGAGAGCAUCACGGGUUACACCGUAACAUCUUACAAUAAACCAUGACUGACAAAGAAUACAGAACAGGCAGGCAACUUAAAUACACAGAUAAUGACUACUAAACGGGAACAGCUGACGAGACUUAAUUAGAAACCAUAAUGACUAAUGAGGACUAAUGCAGACAAGACUGAACAGGGGUAAACAGAACAACCCCUUAUGAUGAGUCCAGUUAUCAAUCACAUCCCCUGUUAAGAUAAAAUCACCUGAGUUUUUUUGUUUCAUUGAGGGAUAAAUAUGAUACCUUCAUAGUUUUAUCUUUUUUUAUCUUUUUAUCGGAUAAAAACAUUAUCAGCCUCAAGUGAGCGCAUGUUUGUGUGUGUGUGUGUCCCAAAAUUCACAUUGAAUGGAUUACAACAUCUAAUGUCUGAACUGAGACAGGAACAGGCACUGAGUUUCUGGUGCUCAAACAAAAAGUGUUACUAACUCUCCCUAGUUUAAUAGUUUUGUUAAAAAAAUUAUGAAACAAUGAACAAAUAAAAAUGAGACAUGUUAAAACUAGUUUAAUCACUGGAUAGUGUUUGUUGCUAAAUCAAACAAAAUUUAGCCUUUAUUGUAUUAUUUUUUUAUUUAUCAUUCCUCAUCUUAUAAAGCCUCUCCCCACUGAGCAAAUUAGGUCCAGAAGACG